AUGGCUGGCGUGGAUGUCGAUAUGCCUCUUGCGACAGGCGGCGAGGGUUCCAGCUCCGGCGCCAAGAAAGCCAGGCGGUUUGAAAUCAAGAAGUGGAACGCGGUCGCGCUCUGGGCCUGGGACAUCGUGGUUGAUAACUGUGCCAUCUGCCGUAAUCACAUUAUGGACAAGUGCAUUGAGUGUCAGGCCAAUCAAGCGAGCGCUACUAGUGACGAGUGCACUGUGGCAUGGGGUGUGUGCAACCAUGCAUUCCAUUUCCACUGCAUUAGUAGGUGGCUCAAGACACGCCAAGUCUGCCCUCUAGACAAUAGUGAGUGGGAGUUUCAGAAGUAUGGCCGCUGA